AUGAUGAUGGUCAAUAGUAUGACUCUGUUCAUUUUUGCUUGCCUUAGCGGUCAUCUUGUUCUCGCCGAUACAGCAUCCUUGCGUCAAAAAUUCACUGCUUUGAAAAUUGAUGCUGUCUUCCCUGGAGACCUGAAUUAUGAAAAAUUCUCGACCCCUUUUAACAAGAGACUUUCGUACAUGCCGGCAGCCAUAGUAUUCCCGAGCAACACGAACGCAGUAGCCAGCUGCGUCAAAGUCGGGGUGGCAGAAAAAUUCCCUAUCUCUCCUCGUGCUGGAGGGCAUUCAUACGCCGCGCAUGGCCUAGGCGGAACAAAUGGUGCCCUGAUUAUUGAUCUCCAAAGAAUUAAUCAGAUUUCCGUCGAUAGUGGUGGGGAAGCUACAAUUGGAACCGGAAGCAGGCUUGGAGAUAUCGCUCUCAGUUUGAAUAGGGAAGGUGGACGAGCCUUGCCGCAUGGAUUCUACGGCCUCACCAGCCGACAAUGGGGUUUGACGAUAGACCAACUCCUCGGCCACGAGGUCGUGUUGGGCAAUGGCUCCGUCAUCACCACUUCGAAAACAGUCAAUAGCGAUUUAUUUUGGGCUCUAAGGGGGGCAGGGUCGUCUUAUGGGAUCAUGACUUCGAUGCGGUUUCGAACGCAAACUGCCCCCACCCAGGCCACAAACUUUGCUUACGAUUGGCACCUAAGUGAAGCAGAAGUAGCCGGUGCUUUGAUCAAGCUACAAACCUACUGCAUGUCAAACUUGCCCGCCCAAUUGGGUCUCACAGCCAAUCUCCGAAAGAGCACUCAAAGCGGCAAGGUGACGUUUUCGUUCACCGGAGCUUGGUAUGGAGCGCAAAAUGCUUUCAGCAGUGUCGUGCAACCGUUUUUAUCCCAGAUGCCUACUCCUGCUGGAAACUCGGUCAAAACAACAGAUUGGAUUACCAGCUUGCAAGGCUUGGCCGGUGACCGAGCUCUAUCUACAUCAGGUGUGGACCUCACGCGAGAGCACGACACGUUUUAUGCUAAAAGCAUAACCACCCCUCAAUCGGCACCAAUGUCCAACUCGUCAAUCCGUGCAUUUUCGAAGUACCUGGCCACUCAGGGAAUCCAGUCCAACACCGUUUGGUUUGUGCAAUUGGAACUUUAUGGCGGGAAAAAUUCCGCUGUAACUACCGUUCCAGCCGAUGGAACCGCCUUUGCCCAGCGUGCCAUCUUGUUUACCAUCCAAUUUUAUGCUUCAUCCUAUAACUUCGCACCGCCCUAUCCGGCUGCAGGUUUUGCUUUGCUGGAUAAUAUGGUAGAUAGCAUUGUAAACAACAAUCCUUUAGGAUGGAGCUAUGGUGCAUACGCAAACUACGUCGAUGAUCGCCUUUCGCCUGUGCAGUGGAAAUCUCUGUAUUACAAAAACCACUACAAACGCCUCACUCAAAUCAAAGGGCUUUAUGACCCUCAAAAUGUCUUUGUUCACCCUCAAAGUAUCACCGAACCUACACACAAUUGCGAAACAGAUGAUGGCGUCAAUCACAUCAUUGAUCCAACUCAUAGUGAUCGAGGAUCCUUGAGACCACCCCAACCCACUGCUGAUUACGUGAUGUCGAAUUCUUCCUCUUCAAAAACGAACAUGCCGGUAUUUAGUGUAAUGGACCAAUCAUACCCACCAUUAUUAUCAAGCGAUUUUUUAAAUAAACAAAUCGACUCUUAG